AGUCACUCCGCCAUGCCGGCCUGUGCGCCUGAGUUUUCCCGCCUCGCGCGUUCUAACACAGAGCUAGUCUUUUCGCCGCGCAAGAGAUGCUCUCACCAGCCACCACCUUUCACGGCUUUGAGGCGAUCUUUCUCGUCAACGUUUUCGCUUAUACCAGAAGAACGUGCCAUUAGCCCCGAGCGACCACCGCCCGUGCCGCACCUGAUUCGACUCCUCACCUGGGGACCUCGUCUAAUGCUGCGCCCGGUCUUCGCUCUCCUCAGCAUUGUCUCGCAUCCGGCUUGGAAACAAAUAUUAGUGGUACUACCGACGCUGUGGAUUGCUGCUUCGCUGUUUAUAUUUUGGAAAUGUGUGCAGUGCCCUAUAAGUGUUCUUAAGAUGAUUGCUCGAGUUAUUAGUUCGAAGGGGAAUAACAAGCCUCGGACAGUCCUCAUCAGUGGCGGCAGUUCAGUGCAAGCUUUACAUUUGGCGAGGAAUUUCCAUUCGGCCGGUGCGAGAGUAGUGGCUUUCGAAAUAGAAGGACAGUUUGCGCUACUGAAAUACUCAGCAGCUGUUCAUAAAUUCUAUUCAGUGCCGAGGCCUAAUCCCGCUGAUCCUCUUGCCUAUGCUCGAGCAUUAAAAGCGAUAGUGGAACAAGAGUCUGUUGUAUUCUACGUGCCGGUGAGUUCAACGACACCGGCCUAUUAUGACGCUCUCGCAAAACCACACAUGGAAGUGGUGGGAUGUCAAUGUUUUGUUCCUUGCGCUCGAGAUGUCGUCACACUGGAUGAUCCCUUGGAAUUAAUGCGAGUUAGUCGUGCGGCAGGACUGAUCACUCCGCAAUUCUGGGUCGUAGCGAGUGACGAAGAUGUUCGCGCGUGGUACGACAGCGGAGCUUCUAAAGAGGGACGUCACUUCAUUGCGAGCGCUGGAGCCCGAGGUGCUCGUGAUCGCUUACGUUUUGUGAUGCCCGAAGAGAAAACACAAUUCAGAUUCCCCCGUGAAAUCAGCGCUGAAAAGCCUUGGGUCAUUGUCCGAGAGCCUAAAGGAGAAAAAAUCGUUACGUGCACAACUCUGAAGGAAUCUCGUGCGGUCAAUAAUGUUACGUGCCGCGUGGAUGCUGCCCGCAAAGGUCUCGUUCCACAGAAAGAUGACGAAGCUGACGCUUGGGUUCAAAGAUUCGUGUCUUUCCUUGCGCCGGUCAGGCCCAUGACGGGCCACGUGUCGUUCAGGCUCGUUCGUGAAGAAAAUCCAUCGAACGGGCACUCGAAUAAGCUUAUAGCCAUCGGUGCGAGGGUUGGAGUGUCUCUACCGUACUUAUGUCAAGGGCAGACCAGGUGCGGACACGCGGCGGCCGUCGGGAAGCUGCUGGAUACAGUUUUGGACACGCGCGAAGCAUUAUUCGCGUUUUGGGACCCGCUGCCGUACUGCGCGUACUACCAGUCCAGAAUGCCGGAAGACCGACGGUCGCUGCCGCCGGAGCCGUGCAAGACACCACCGAACGUUCCCCUCUGAAACCACUGUUUUUCAGCGUAGGGAUUAUUUAUUAUAGACACUCAAGUACCUGAAGAGUGCACUAGUGAGCACUCUGUCGGCGCGUGCCGUAACUAAGUCUGUUGCUCUCUUUUUGUUGUAACCUCGACGCGCUUGGGACUCGCAAGCGAUAGGUCGAGGCAACGACACGACAUAUUGUAACUACUAAGUAGAUUAUUUUAUAAGCACUUCAUUGAAUUACUUUGUAUACUAUUUUA